AUGUCGACGGCAGACAUCAACCUCGUCUCUGAGUUCCUCAGUGACAAUCAGCAAGAUCUCUCUCCAGUCGACUGUAUCGUGAUCUGUGCCUCAGCAGUUCUCCACAGCGCCGAAGUCCUCUUCGCAACUCUCCAGCAACGACCCUCUCUCACCAAAGCCCUGGUGCUCUGCGGGGGAAUCGGCCACUCCACCACACUGCUGUAUGAUGCCGUGAAAGCACACCCUAUAUUCUCACGCAUUGCAAAUGAGAUCCAAGACCUCCCAGAAGCAAAAGUCCUAGAGAGAAUCCUAGAUGAGUUCUACGAUCGAUCUCUCGUCACCAAAGAGGGAUGCCGCAUCCUUUUAGAGCCCGACUCCACGAAUUGCGGGCAAAAUGCCUCUUUCAGUCGCAAGGUCCUCGGUGAUGCCGGUUUUCAAGCGCCGAGGACGUGUAUGGUUAUUCAAGACCCUACCAUGAUGCUCCGGACUAGAGCUUCGUUCGUCAAGAUGUAUGAAGAUGCACCGUCCCCGGUCUCGAUAAUCAGCUGUCCGGUCUUUGUCCCGCGCAUGCAAUUGUCUCCAGAGGGAACUCGGGAAUUAUGCCCUAUCUCGACAACCUCGGAACUGUGGUCUCAAGGUCGAUUCCUAGAGUUGAUUAUGGGGGAGAUCCCCAGAUUGAGGGAUGAUAAAGAUGGCUAUGGGCCCCGGGGACGAGGAUUUAUUUCUCAUGUUGAUAUUCCAGAUGCCGUUGAGGCUGCUUGGUCUCGACUGGAAGUUAUGACCACGACACUCCAAACCCUCACCCCGCGCACGUUCUCAACAACACCACCAACACCCUUCAAAUCAACACCCGCAACAAAAGAAACCCCCUUCCGCAUGUCCACAACAAAACCAACAAACACCGCGCCCCCCUCCUUCGACGAUGUCUACUACAGCCCUUACCAACCAAAGCGCCAAUGGCCACCAGACAUGUCCAAGCUCUCCCCGAAACACCAGUUCCGCCUCGAGCGCAAGUACCGCCGACGAGCAGCGCUCAAGUACGCGCGUCCUCAGUUCAUGAAGGCCGUCACCUUGGGGCAGUGGGUGGUUAUCGGAUUUGUUAUCAUCUACGCUGUUCUGUUCAUGGAAUGGCAGACGGAGAAUACGCCUUUCCAUGGGAUACGAGAAGCCUUCUUUGAUGGUCUCAAAUCUGUUUUCUCUGCACCGCCGGCUCCGGAGCCUAGGAGGGAGCGAAAGGAGUGA